AUGGAGGACGCUCUAAAAAGGAAAGGGAGGAAUGGUACAAGAAAGAAGAAGACAGAUGAAGAACUCACUGAAAACAUUGGUCUUCCCUUAAAUUUGCUGGAAAAGCAUGACCCUUGGCCAGCUUAUGUCACAUCUACCUCCCCAGUGGUGAAAAAACUCAUUGAGAAGAGCAGAGCUCGAGAACUGGAAUGCAUGCAAAUCAUUGAAGAAAGGCAGCAGCAGCAAGGGUCCAGGCCCAGGAAGCCUUCCAGCUUCACUCAACUGAAACAGUGGAAAUCCUCAAGCGAGGGUGUGAUAAAGGACGCACUGUCAGAGACCACCCUAUCAGUUUUGGGUGCUUCAUCUGCAAUGGCCACGGGUCCCACAGCUCUCCCAGAACCCCCACAAUCCAUUGCAGAUUCCAGAGAAUGUCCCACCAUAAACUGUAACAAAAUCAUCUUCUCCCGAAAGCCCAUGAUGAGGAUGCUUCCAUACAGCUCACUACUGGCCAGUAAAGAAAAACAUCCCGAUGUUUAG